GGCCCGCGUACGGCGAGCAUGGUCGCAGCACGCACGCCCCUGGCCUUCUGUCUGCUGACGCUGGUCGGCACCGGCCAGGCUCUGCUCUGCUACGUCUGCAUUCCGCCGCUGGCCGGCAAUCCGGCCGCACAGAACGCCGCCAACCUGAUGCGAGCCAACAUCAGCCGCACGUUCCCUGGAAAGGCCGAGUACGAGUUCCAGGAGUGUGGCGCCUCGUUCGACAUGCGCCAGAGCAGCGCGCAGGCCGCGUGUCCCUGGGAUGACGACAGUGUCGUCUGCCUCGACAUCAAGCAUGCCGCCUGGCAGGCCCGAACCUGCGGUCGCGUGCCGUUCGAUGCCGACCUGCGGUGCAUCCCCGGCGAGAACGGCGAGGACGGCUGCCCCUGCCCCAACGCCCUCUGCAACGGCGCGCGACGCGUGGCAGCCGCGCCGGUAGGCCUGGCCGCCGCUCUGCUCGCGCUCGCCUGCCAGCGCGCCUGA